GAAUCACAUGCAUGCAUGAAAGAAUUUUAUUCGAAUCUUUAUUUGAAAAUAAAUAGCAAUAUUAUUGGAAAUUCUUGAAAAAAAAAUUCAUUUAGUCAGACAAAUGGUAUGGAAACUUUUAUCUCGUCAAAAAUCAUGGAUAACUGUGAUAAAUUCAUUCAAAAUUUCAUCUUUUCAAAUACAUUAUGACCAUCGGAUUCUAUCCGGAAUUCAACCGACCGGUUCGAUUCAUUUAGGCAAUUAUUUCGGUGCCAUAAAACAAUGGGUCGAUCUUCAAGAACCUCAACUAUUACCCCCUUUGAUUGAUCUGGAAAGACAAACAGAUAAUGAUAGUAUCGAAUAUAAGCCAAAAUAUUUGCCACCGAUAUUCCAGAUUGUCGAUUUACAUUCUUUAACAACGUCAAACAAUCCAGAUAAAUUGCGUGAAAACGUACUUGAAAUUACAGCAGUACUGAUUGGAUGCGGCAUUGAUACUAAUCGUUGUUUACUUUUCAAACAAUCUUCUAUUCCCUAUCAUGGAUAUCUUUGUUGGAUCCUUACGACGUUGACUACCUUGCCUCAACUAUAUCGUUUUCCACAAUUCAAAGAAAAAAGUACCAGUUUCAAAGAUCCACCAACAGGCCUUUUUCUUUAUCCAGUGUUACAAACGGCUGACAUUCUACUGUACAAGGGAACACACAUACCAGUCGGUGAUGAUCAAUUGGCCCAUAUCAAUCUGACAAAACAUUUAAGCGCCAAAUUUAACAAUACAUUUAAAAGAAAAGUUUUUCCCAUUCCAACGGAACUUGUAUCAAAAAGUGGUGCUGGAAGAAUCAAGAGUUUACGAGCGCCUGAACAAAAAAUGUCCAAAUCAGAGGCGGACAAUAAAUCUCGCAUUGAAUUAACCGAUACUUCGGACGAAAUUGUUAGAAAAAUACGCAAAGCUGUUACAGAUAUGAAAUCCGAAAUAACAUAUGAUCCUGAAAAUCGACCUGGUGUUGCUAACCUUGUACAGAUUUAUUCUUUGAUUAGUGAUAUGACUAUCGAACAGGUUUGUCACCAUUUCGAUGGCAAAUCAACAUUCGAAUUCAAAGUUGAACUUGGUGAUCGAUUGGCUGAAUAUUUGCGGCCAAUAAGAAUGCGAAUUAUUGAUUGCCGAAAUAAUCGUGAUUAUCUAGAAACGGUGCUCAAAGAUGGCAGUUUAAAUGCCAUUAAAAUAGCAGAAAAAACCAUUAACGAAGUAAAACAAACAGUCGGAUUAAAUUUUUCCUCAUAAAAACUAUCAAAUAUAUUCAUGAAUUAAAGUUCAGAAAAC